AUGGGUCGUCUGGCUUCGGGUCGGGUCCCUGCCAUGGUUGUCUGCUUUCUCCUCUUGUUCUCGUCCGGGCACUCUUUCUAUCUUCCUGGAGUUGCACCGCGCGAUUUUCAAAGAGGGGAUGAACUUCAAGUCAAAGUCAACAAGUUAUCUUCUACUAAGACACAACUCCCGUAUGACUUCUAUUUCUUGAAAUACUGCAAGCCAAAAAAAAUCCAGAAUGUUGCUGAAAACCUAGGAGAGGUUCUUCGAGGUGACCGUAUCGAGAAUUCAGUUUAUGUUUUUCAUAUGAGGGACGAGCAGUCCUGCAAAGUGGCGUGCAAAGUUCAUCUUGAUGACCAAGCUGCAAAGGACUUCAAGGAAAAAAUUGAUGAUGAAUACAGAGCUAAUAUGAUUUUAGAUAACCUUCCAGUGGCGGUGCUCAGGCAAAGGAGAGAUGGAAUCGUAUCAACAACUUAUGAGCAUGGCUUUCGUGUUGGGUUCAAGGGAAAUUAUGUUGGGAGCAAUGAGGAGAAAUAUUUUAUUCACAACCACUUAAGCUUCAGAGUUAUGUAUCACAAAGAUCCUGAAACUGAUUCUGCCAGAAUAGUGGGGUUUGAAGUUUCACCAGUCAGCAUACUCCAUGAGUACAAGGAGUGGGAUGAUAAGAACCCCAAUGUCCUUACCUGCAACCAGAACACCAAAAAUGUGGUUCAGGGGAGCACCGUUCCACAAGAAGUGGAUAAAGAUAAAGAUAUUGUAUUUACUUACGAUGUUACUUUCAAGGAAAGUGAAAUUAAGUGGGCUUCCCGGUGGGAUACCUACCUUCUGAUGAAUGACGAUCAAAUCCACUGGUUUUCAAUCAUAAACUCUUUGAUGAUCGUCCUCUUCCUUUCCGGUAUGGUUGCCAUGAUUAUGAUGAGAACCCUAUACAAAGAUAUCGCCAACUAUAACCAGUUGGAAACCCAAGAUGAAGCUCAGGAAGAAACUGGAUGGAAACUUGUUCAUGGGGACAUCUUUCGAGCUCCCGUAAACUCCGGGCUACUGUGCGUUUAUGUGGGGACUGGAGUUCAGAUCUUUGGAAUGACACUUGUCACGAUGAUAUUCGCUUUGCUGGGCUUUCUCUCUCCUUCCAAUCGUGGUGGGCUCAUGACGGCUAUGGUCCUGUUGUGGGUUUUCAUGGGUAUAUUCGCAGGCUACUCAUCGUCUCGUCUGUAUAAAAUGUUCAAGGGUACUGAAUGGAAAAGAAUCACCUUAAAAACAGCCUUCUUGUUCCCUGGUAUUCUGUUUUCAGUCUUCUUUGUGCUGAAUGCUCUCAUUUGGGGAGAAAAAUCAUCCGGAGCCGUUCCCUUUGGGACAAUGUUUGCCCUCGUUUGUUUAUGGUUUGGAAUAUCUGUGCCGUUGGUUUUCGUCGGUAGCUAUUUGGGUUUCAAAAAGCCAGCCAUUGAGGAUCCCGUCAAGACCAAUAAAAUUCCAAGGCAGAUUCCCGAGCAGGCCUGGUACAUGAAGCCAAUAUUUUCCAUAUUAAUCGGGGGGAUUCUUCCAUUUGGGGCUGUUUUUAUCGAAUUAUUCUUUAUUCUGACGUCCAUCUGGCUGAACCAGUUUUAUUACAUCUUUGGUUUCCUGUUUAUAGUCUUUGUGAUCCUGAUAAUCACAUCUGCAGAGAUCACGGUCGUUUUAUGCUAUUUCCAGUUGUGCAGUGAGGACUAUAACUGGUGGUGGAGAGCUUAUCUCACGGCUGGCUCGUCUGCUUUGUACCUUUUCCUUUACUCGGCAUUUUACUUCUUUACCAAGCUGGAGAUUACUAAGCCGGUGUCGGGUAUUCUGUACUUCGGGUACAUGCUUAUUGCAUCGUAUGCUUUCUUUGUCUUGACGGGGACAAUUGGAUUCUAUGCAUGCUUCUGGUUCGUUCGAAAGAUUUAUUCCUCCGUGAAGAUCGAUUGA